CCGCCGAAUCGGACGGACGGACGGAUCAUGUCGCGGUCGCCGCGUCGCGAGCCAGUCGUGCAGCGAGCCUGAGCCACCACCAGCCAGCAGCCUGGAAGCGGGAACACACCACACACGCAAGAAGCGCACCGGCGCGCGCGGGCCGAACGGAAAACCACCCAAGCACGCGGGAAAAACUCGUACUAAACCACACACCAACUACCACCCCCUACGAUUCAGAAACAAAGAACAGUUCGUACACUUCUUUGCACCGACUUGCAUCAUUUCGGAGUGAAACUAUUUCAAAAGUGUUUGGCGUGAAGUUGUGCGGUUGCAACUAAAUGGAGUUGCGUGUGCCGAGUGCGGACGAGUCCUCGCGCAGUGCGUUGAGGCAGGACAGUGUACGGUGUGUGAGUGUGUAAGGCAGUGCCAUGUGGUGCGUGAAGUGACGCCGCCGCGCGUACGCACCGACGCACCCGCACGCAACAGGAGCGCGUGGGCCACGCGGUCGUCGCCGCCGUCGCCGCCGCCGCCACCCCCGCUGCUUCAUUCACGCGCGCCCUACCAGUCAUGGCGAUCAACUUUUCGGCGUCGUUCGCCGCAUGUCUGGCCGCCGGCCUCAAGGUGCCCAGACAGAUCAUGUACUGCAUUUCCCAAGAUUCGAGCGCACCGUACGUUCUCUACAAAGACGGCAUUGAUCGCACGCAGAUGCAGUGGGGCUCGCAGGAGAGCUACGCCACCAAUCUUGCCGCCCACCAACAGCAGCAACAGCAACAAGCCGCCGCACAACAGCAACAGCAGCAACAACAACAGCAACAAGCGCAGCAAGCACCUCCGCAACAGCAGACAGCUUCCGGCGCGGCCAGUCCACAACAAUCCCUGAAUCCCGCCAAUGUUCCCCUGGGUGUUGAAGCCGAUACAGUUGCACCACGUGACCAAAGCUUACCCUCACCGGCGCCAUCUCCUUAUCCCGCUACACAAGCAGAGAGCCGAGAUGAUGAUCUCCCCAAUGAUCAACCGUCAAUGGAUAUGGACACCCGGCCGGCGUCCCAAUGUUUCCCACCUUCCGAUAUUAACCAACAGAGUUAUCAACAGUAUGCUCGUGCACCUCCACCGCCAAGCGCACCGCCUCCCAUGCCGCCACACAUGCUCGGCGCCGGUAGCUUCUCAGCGUUACACUAUCUUAAACAACCCGGAGUUAUGGCACUCACGUCCCUCGGUUCCGACGGGCCGCAGUUGGAUCAGUACAAUAACAUGCAAGACAUCCGGUCCGCUGCGGCCGCUGCUGCGGCAGCAGCAUCCCUUCCGGACGUUAUACAACAGCAGCAACAACAACAGCAAAACGGCAUGAAGAACUCUUCUAAAGGAUUGGGCAAUGAGCUGAGGCUGUUUAAAUGUCUCACCUGCGGGAAAGACUUCAAGCAGAAGAGUACUCUGCUGCAGCAUGAGCGUAUUCAUACCGACAGCCGUCCCUACGGCUGUCCCGAGUGCGGUAAACGCUUCCGUCAGCAAUCACAUCUCACGCAGCAUCUGAGAAUUCACGCCAACGAGAAGCCCUAUGCGUGCGUCUACUGCGAGCGGACCUUUCGCCAGCGCGCCAUUCUCAACCAACACUUGCGCAUUCACUCCGGUGAGAAGCCGUACGAGUGUCCGGAGUGCGGGAAGCACUUCCGACAGAAGGCCAUCCUCAACCAGCACGUCCGCACACACCAAGAUGUAAGCCCUCACCUGGUGUUUAAAAAUGGUAUUCACCCAACGCUGUGGCCGCAGGAUGUUCCCUUCCCGCCUGAUGAAGGUAAGGAAGAAGUGGCGUCGACGUACGGAGACGGCGACUCGCAAACGGACCGCGGCUGCUUUUCACCGAACAGCGUCACCGGCAACCUUCAGUACCCGUCGUACUUCAAAGACCAGAAAGGCAUGAGCCAUUCCGUCUUCGGCACAUCGCCCAAUUUCGGCGCCCUUCACUAUCUGAAGCAACAACAGGGCAAUGGCAAAGGACUUCCGGACGUGAUACAACACGGCCGCUCCGCCGGCAUGCCGCUGUACGUGCGUUGUCCCAUCUGUCAAAAGGAGUUCAAACAAAAGUCGACGCUCCUACAGCAUGGCUGCAUACAUAUCGAGUCGCGUCCGUACCCUUGCCCUGAGUGCGGCAAGCGUUUCCGACAGCAGUCGCACCUCACGCAGCAUCUGCGUAUCCACACGAAUGAGAAACCCUAUGGUUGUGUGUACUGUGGUAGGAAUUUCAGGCAGAGGACGAUCCUCAACCAACAUCUGCGCAUCCACACAGGCGAGAAACCGUAUAAAUGCCAGCAGUGCGGUAAGGACUUCAGACAGAAAGCUAUUCUAGACCAGCAUACCAGGACGCAUCAGGGGGAUCGACCGUUUUGUUGUCCGAUGCCCAAUUGCCGCAGGAGGUUCGCCACCGAACCGGAGGUGAAGAAACACAUCGAUAAUCACAUGAACCCGCACACGUCCAAGUCGAGACGCGAGUCCGCCGAGUCCAAACUGAACGUGAAUAACAACAGUUCGACGCCCGGUGGUGGCAAUGGUGGUGGUAACAAUAACGUCCCUACAGGCAAUGGCGCGAGCGUUGGCGGUACUUUAGGUGGUGCAUUGAAUAUCGGACGUGGGGCACUCACACCAAGCGCCGUCAUCAAACCAGAAUUGUACUUCCCGCAGUGCUACGCACCUGGUUUCAAUCCUCCGACGAGUCUGGCGCAGUUCCCUUCCGGUACGCCAGAGUUCAAGCCACCGAAUGGGGCUCUGCCUGCGCAGUGACCGACUGCCGGUGGUGGUUGACGACAACACAUCGAUUAGACGAAGCAACACAACAUAACGAAAGAUUCGAAACAAAAGAAACGAGGGGAAACAAAAGAAACGCAAACAAAACACAUAAAAAUGAAAGGUAAAUAAUAACGAACAAACAAAAAACACUAUCGUCGACAAAGGGGAUGAAAGAAUGAUAAAAACAGUCACAAAUCAAGAAAAGCUCGCUAGCAUAGAAAACAAUGGCGAAUCUUUAUUCUGUGUUAUCUUUUAUUUACUUGACGGCCGAUAUUUGUUUGUUUUUUUUUGAUUAAUUAGCCCCCGGAAAGCAACGCAAUACUAUUUUUACACAUUAUCGAACGCGAGCAAAGAGUUUGCAAAACUUUGAUUUGCGCACACGUUCUAGAUUAGUGGAUUUUUAAACGUUUUUUAACGAAUACGAUUUUAUUGUUUUUAGUUUUUAACGCGGUUGUACGAGAUGAAUACAUGAUGAAUAAUAUGCCCAAAAUGUGAUCUCUUAAAUGUAAUAUUUGUAAUAAUCGAGUAAGUUUUAAUACGGGAUGCAGGCCCCCCGGGUGUGGAAUUCACCUUAAAACAAAUGGAAAUUUUAAAUUAAAUUUAACCCCCAAAAAGUAAUCUCUCAUAACCUCACUAAAUUCGACGCGCGAAAAUGAUCUCAUGAUAUGCAGCUCAAAUGUUUUUCAAUUGAACUUGGGGAGAGGUACAAGACGGUACUUAAAUUUUUGUUUUGAACAAACGAUACGAUUUUACAAAGUACAUAUAUUACUACUUAUUGUGCAAUUAAAUACGAUGAUACGUUACACAAUCAAAACAACAAAAACAAACUUAUGAAAUAAGUCUAAAAAUUGCGCGCGGCCCCUCGUUGAAUGUAUUUUACACGAACAGACAAGAUAUGAACACAUAAAUCGUAUACGAUUAAUUUUUAUAAAUGUAAAUGGAUAUUUAACGGUUGAUUAUUGCGUGUGUAGGCGGGGAUAAAGUGACACUUUUUCGGUUUUUCGACAGACGAGUGAAUUUCCAAAGCGUAUACAUAAACGAAAGACGAUUUAUAUAUAAAAAUUAUAUAUAAAUAUAUUUAAACACGUAAAUUACGAGAAUUAUGAAUGUAGUCCAAUACGACUGUAAGGCACAUAAGACACACACGUCUGAAUUAAUUUUUAUCUCAUAGUUUAUUUUUUAUUUUUUAAUGCAACUUAUUAAUUGUCUCGAUUUCUCUCUGUUUUUUUUACAUAGUACUUGUAAAUUUACCCUAUACAUAUUAUGCAUAUUGAUUUUUGAUUAUUAUUUGAUAACUUUUUUUGUAAAACCUAUAUUUAGCCGUUAAUUAAUGAUGGUGUGAAACGAUA